UCUUGCAAGAGAAGGCUACCUGCCCACAUUCAGAUUCAGAUGGCUCGCUUUCCACCACGCCCAGGCAUUCAAUUCGCUUCAUUCCCCACUGUUUCUGCUGCACAAAACAAACAAACGCAAUAAAUCUCUCUACAUCCAUUGCAGCAGUGCAAGACAACGAAACCCACAUGACCUUCUUAAUCAUCCAUUCACUGCACUAUUAAAUUCAAUUAAACAAUUUACUACUCCUAUAUACAUAUAUAUAUAUAUACACACACAUAUAUUGUUACAUGCAUACACCGAUAUGGGUUUGGAGGUAUAGUUUUUCCUUAUCUCUGCGGAUUAUCUGGUCGACUUUGUUCUUAAUCUAAGUAGGUGACGAAAGGCAAAAACACCCAUAUUUUUAUAUUUUAUUGUUUUUCUGAAGAAAUUUUCCAAAUGGGUUGGGUUAUUUAAGGUGGUGUUUUGGAGAGAGCCCUUAGAUUUUGAAAGUUGAAUUGAAAGAAAUAUUAGGGUUUGAAGAGAGAGAGAGGGGGAGAGAGAGAGUUUGUUUUGAGCAAUUUGAUAUUGGGAAUUAUGAAGGUUUUUGGGUUCCGGGUUUUGUUUUGUGUCAUUGGGACUGCUUUGAUGUUCCUUAGUUUCUUCAAUAAAGGAAGCACUUCCUCUGUUCCUGAUACGGCUUUCACUAGCCAUCGGAAUGGUAUGACAAUGACUGCAACAAGCAGGAAGCUGAAGGAGCAUGUCCAUACUUCUUCGAGCAGUGACAAGGGUGAUGCAGGCAAUGUAAAUCUGGAAGAUUACCAGCCGGUCGAUCCUGUUCCAAGUUCGAAGGCCUCCAUAAAACCUGGACCUAUCGAGCAUGGCACUCCUCUUAUGCCUAACAUUCCGAAGCCUUCGCCUCCCGGUCAGCCAGACCAUAUUGUUGGUUUUCCGUAGCCGGUUUUAAAACCCUUUCUUCGUAACGGCUGUGCUGGAAAGGUUAUGGAUGGAAUAACUUCAUGCACAAUGUUCGUGCCAUCUUGUUUAUAGCAUCAUGUUACACUGCCACUUUUGUAUCUAUGUAUGCUGCGUACUUGUUUAUUAGUUUGUGUGUUCUCUGUUAAUUGGCUUGUUGUUUGCAUUCCCUUCGUGUGAUUUGCAUAUGAGGCAUUACCUAAUGUUCGAAUUCGGCGCCCUGAUGUUGUUAUUAUGUA